AUAAAUAAUUUCCCUUGUACCAAUCGGAAAUUGUGAAUGGGUUGCAUGUUUUACUGCAACUUGGCAGCACUUGCAGUUAAAUGUCAAAAAAUUUCCUGCCAUAUUUGAAAUUUCCCUUUUGAUUUCUUUUCUAGCAUUUCUCUACACGUUUCUGGAGAUAGACGGGCCAGAAUGCAGAUUUUCGUCAAAACAUUAACUGGUAAGACCAUCACCUUAGAGGUCGAGCCAUCUGACACCAUCGAAAAUGUCAAAGCUAAAAUUCAAGACAAAGAGGGUAUCCCACCAGAUCAACAGCGUUUGAUCUUCGCCGGAAAACAAUUGGAAGAUGGUCGCACCUUGUCCGACUACAACAUCCAAAAGGAGUCAACCCUCCAUUUGGUGUUGCGUCUUCGUGGUGGUAUCAUUGAACCUUCUUUGCGUAUCUUGGCACAAAAAUACAAUUGCGAUAAGAUGAUCUGCCGCAAGUGCUACGCUCGUCUGCACCCACGUGCGACAAAUUGCCGCAAGAAGAAGUGUGGACACACCAACAACUUGCGCCCCAAGAAGAAGUUGAAGUAGACCACUGGAAUAUCGAAAUUUCGUCGUUUGCGGAGAGUGUUGGGGGAGAAAUGCGUACAAACAAACGCACUCUUCUAUUAUUUUUUCUAUGUGUACAUCAGCUAUGUAUGAAUUGAAGUGAACAUUUUACUUUGGAAUUUGCAAAAUAAAACAUAAACCGUAAAGAA